AUGAAGUGCGCACGAGCGUUUGUUGCAGGGCUCACUGCUCUGCUGGCCACCGUCGUACCCACGCACGCCGUCUCUGAUGCUGUGCAGCGCAGGCUGAUCCUUGGUGGCACCACGGUACCGAAAGGCAGGAAGUCGUACUACGCUGGUGUGCGCCAUACCAGGAAGGGCAAGAACCUCUGCGGUGGGGCUCUGAUCGGCCCCAAACACGUGCUCACGGCGUCGCACUGCACCGUGUUCGACCUCCGCUGGGUCUCCAUUGGCUCGCACUACAACAACGGGACCCUCGACGGCGAGCAGAUCAAAGUCGUGUCGGUCAUCAACCACCCGAACUUCACGGAGCCCCUCAAGUUCUCCAACGACUUUGCCAUCUUGGAGCUCGAGGUCGCGUCGUCGAUCAAGUACCCGAAGCUCGCAGAAGCCGACGAUUCGGACUUUGAGGCCGGUGCUACAGUGACUACUAUUGGCAACGGGAACUUGUCGGAAGGCCCAGCAGCUCAAGUGGGGUACGAGCUCCAGCGCGUAAACUCGACGCUUAUCACGAACAGAGAGUGCCGGAAAGCCGGUCGCAUUAGUGUGGACAAGUCAAUGAUGUGCGUCGCGGGUCAGAUCAGCAAAGGGUUCUGCAACGGCGACUUCGGGAGUCCCGUCUUCAUCGAGUCGUCGGGCGAUGACGCCGACGAUGUGGUCGUUGGGGUCGUCAGUUGGCGCGACGAGCGCUACGGCGAAGCGUGCGGCCGCGGGAUAAGUUUGCCGAUGGUGUACGCGCGCGUUUCGCACGCGCGCGAGUGGAUUGAAGCGAUUCGCAUCUCGUCGUGCUUUGUGUAG